AUGUGCCAGGAUGGUAUCCCUGCAAUGCUAUUUUUCGAUGUCUUGGGGACAAUCGUUGAAUGGAGAUGUUGCAUCGCCAACGAACUGAAUGCCGCAGCACAAAGGGUCCUGCAAGACCAAGCUCGAGAUCUGAGUGCAGAUGUGCGAAAGCGUGUCUCUGAUAUGUCUACUUCGAGCUGGCAGGAGAUCUCGAAGGAGUGGCAUGGCGCAUAUAUGACCUUCGGGAACACUUACGAUUCAUCCAAGCCCUUUGUCUCUGUAGAUGAACACAAUCGCAUCUCUUUGGAGAAAAUCCUCAACAGACGACUUCUCCGGGGCUUAUUUAACGAGCACGAGCUCAAUGACUUGACCCUCGCUUGGCAUCGACUAAACGCAUACCCUGACAGUGUGCCAGGUAUUUCGUUGCUGAACACUAAAUUCUCGACGUCUACAUUGUCCAAUGGAAACGUGAGACUUCUCGAAGAGCUCCAAGAGCACAAUUAUUUGCCUUUCAAGCAUGUCACCAGCGCGGAGCAUUUAGGUGCUUACAAGCCGUCGCCAGAGGCCUAUCAUGGUUCUGCUCGGAGAUUCGGUCUCAAGAGCUCGCAAUGUUGUCUCAUUGCAGCACAUCUUGAGGACCUGCAGGCCGCCAAAAGGUGUGGGUUUCAGACAAUAUAUCUCGAGAGACACAUGGAGGAAGCCUGGGAUAGUGAAGGCGUUGCACGAGCAAGAGAAGAGGGCAUCGUCGAUCAUUGGGUCACAGUUGGAGGAUCCGGUCUGAUCGAAGUUGCUCGACAUUUUGGGAUCGAAAGUGGAUUGUUAAUUACCACCUUAUCAUGA